CUCUAUUUGAUCUUUCCCACCCUUUUCGCUUUUGUAAAGGCUUUCCUUUACAACAUUUCAUCUAUUGAAUCCCUAACAUACACCUUUAGCAUCUGAUUUCCCUUUUCUGAUUAGAUUGUAUCAUGAUUUCCUCCUUAUCUUCUAGACUUGAGUCUUGAUCUCCAUCCCUUAACAGUACACUACGGAAAUUAGAAGAAAAUGGGUUUCGACGUGGAUCCUUUACUGCAUUCAGUGGGAAUGCUGUCGCACAUCCCAGAUGAAGAAGAUGUCUUCUUUGACUGUCCAGAAGAAGUAGACACGGAGGUUCUUGACGGACAGGGCCGACAAGAUGCUGUUGAUCACGUAGGUGUAGAGCCACUACAGGGUCAACAAGGUCAAGAAGAUGGAGAGCCUUUCUGGGAAGAAGAUGAUGAGGAUGAAGGCGUUUCGUGUUCCGAUGGGGUCUCUUGUUCUGUGGCCGCUGUCUCUCCAAGUGGAAAAGAUAACAUUGAGACUCCUACUUGUGCUUCAUCCAGAGCCAUUCGCGCCAUCCCCGACCAACCUUCGCCUAAACGUUGGGAAACUAAAGGAGUUCUGUCGACAUCCGCCGCUUCGAAUUUCUUCGACGAUAUUGAGGAAAGCAAGGACAUUCUCGAAGAGGUGAUUAACAGCCAGCGGGAAGGCGCACCAUCAUCAUCAUCAUCUUCAGUGUGGACUCGUUUUUUUAUACGCCAAGACUCCAAUAUGUCAUUGGCCUCUCUG